CGCCCCGGAUCCUCUCCACUGCUCUUGCCUCCCACCACCAUGAUCCGUACAGGCGCUCGCAUCGCUGGUCAGUUUCUCCAGCCGCGCUCGGUGGCGACAGCGGCCCAGCGCGCUGUUCCUCACGUCGAGGUCCGCGUUGGACGUCUUCCCCAGUCCCAGUCGCCCUUCGUGCCGAAACUGCAGUUCUUCAAUUCGGUGACCGCGACAGGACAGCAGAUCCCGACCUACAGGGUUAUGGAUGGCUCAGGUAGCGCGUUGGAUGGGUCCUCGAUGCCAGAGAUCGACGAGGCAACUGCAAGGAAGAUCUAUGAGCACAUGGUGCUUCUCCCCACCAUGGACACUGUCCUCUACAACGUCCAAAGGCAAGGCAAGAUCUCGUUCUACAUGACCGCGUACGGCGAAGAAGCCACCGUGGUGGGAGCGGCCGCUGCGCUCGAGCCUCACGAUGAGGUCCUCGGGCAGUAUCGCGAAUCUGGGGUCCUUCUCUGGCGCGGGUUCGGGCUGGAUAACAUAAUGGGACAAUGUCUAGGCAAUGUGGAAGACACUUCGACGAAGGGGAGGCAGAUGCCUGUGCAUUUUGCGUCGAGGGAGCACCAUUUUUACUCGAUAUCGUCGCCACUUGCGACACAAAUCCCCCAAGCGGCAGGCGUGGGCUUCGCCCUUCGUCGGACGCCUGGGCGGCAGAACUCCAUCGCUGUCUGCUUUAUGGGCGAAGGCGCUGCAUCUGAAGGAGAUUUCCACGCCGGCCUGCAGAUGGCCUCCACCCUCCCCUGUCCGACAAUGUUCAUUGUGCGCAACAACGGCUUCGCGAUCAGCACGCCGAGCACGGAGCAGUACCACGGCGACGGGAUCGCGAGCCGCGGGCCCGGCUAUGGCAUCGACACGAUCCGCGUCGACGGGAACGAUGUGCUUGCGGUGCUUUCUGCUGUAAAGGAGGCGAGGAAAAGAUGUCUCGAGCAAAGCCGGGCGGUGCUGGUGGAGGCGAUGACUUACCGCGUCGGCCACCAUUCCACCUCGGACGACUCGUUCGCGUACCGCGCGCGAAGCGAGGUCGAGGACCGGAAGAAGAUCGAUAACCCGAUCUCGCGCAUGCGCAGGUUUAUGGAGGAGCGCGGGUGGUGGAGCGCGAAGGAGGAGGAGGAGUUGAAGGCGAGGUUGAAGGCCGACGUGAUGAAGGCCUUUAAGCGCGCGGAGGGUCUCAGCCGGCCCUCGUUAACAGAGCUCUUCGACGAUGUGUACGCAGGCCAGGAGCCGUGGACAAUCAAAGAACAGCGGAGCGAGCUCUUCGGCCUGCUCAAGAAAUACGGCCAGGCAUGGGACCCCUGGAAGAAGGAGCUGGGCAAGUUUAAGAACGGCGGGCAGGACCUGAUCGAUGCUGGGAAGUAAAUCGACGAGCAGGAUGUUCGCUUCGAAGUUUCCCUCGCUGCAGCGGUUCCCUGCACCCAAGGUAUUCGUAAAGAGGAGGCUUGGAAGGCCUUGACGGCCACAGCCUACGUCUCGCUGGAAUAUUUAUUGGAAGCAUGUACCCACGUUUGUAUCAUAAGGAAUAGGAAGGAAGUCACAAUCGUCACGUCGUUUCAUGAGAUCAGGUC